AUGGCCGACGACGGCCGCCCUGCCGAGGCGCCCAGCCCACGGGGCUCCCCGGGUCGGGCGCCGCGGGUCCCGCGCGCGGUCGGGCCGGGAAGCGGGGCCAGCUGCGGGGAGACCCCUAGGACGCCGGCGCUGGCGCUGCGCUUCGACAAGCCCAUCAAGCAGGCCUUCUACAAUACGGGGGCCGUGCUGUUCGUGUGCCUGUGCUGCGGCGCCGCCGUGCUCGUCUACUUCAUCCUGGAGGCCUUCCUGCGGCCACUGCUGUGGGCCGUGCUGUGCGGCACCUUCCUGCACCCCUUCAAGAGCUCGCUGACGCGCCUGGGCCGCCACUGGCUGCAGCGCCUGCACCGCGCGCACACGCCCAUCGUGCUGGCCGCGCUGCUGCUGCCGCUCUGCUUCGCGGACUACGGCGUUGAGGCCCUGGGCGAGCAGGCUCUGCGCCGCCGCCGCCUACUGCUGCUGCUGGGCGCCGGCGGCCCGCUCCUCUACGGCCUCUACUGCCUCGGCAGCUACCUGGGCGUGCAGGUGCUGCUGGCGCACGCCGGCGCGCUCAUCUGCCGCGGGCUGGACUACUUCAGCAGCCUGUGGAUCUGGACACUGGUAGUUGGCUAUGUGUUGGCUGUCUCAUUCAAGUGGAAUGCAAGCACUGAACGCUACUUGAGAGCAGUUUCAAUUCCUGUCUGGAUUAUAUUGCUUUUUCAUUUAGCAUCCCUGGCGGGCUCAUGGAGAAUUCCAGUAUUCCUGGUUAUUGUUUUCCUGAUGUCUGUGGGCACCCUCUAUGAAAAACAGAAUGGAAAAGAGUCUUCUGGAGCGGAGUUACCAGGGCAGGUUAUCUCCAUGGCAGCUUCUACUCUGGCAACCUUGGCCAUCUCCAUCACAGGGUAUGAAUCAAGUGCCGAUGACCAGCCCUCCGACCAGCCUGCAGAAACCAUGGACACAGGAGAACCACCUGCACCACUGUCCUCAUCUCCUUCACCUUCUUCCCCCUCCCCUACUCUGGGUAGACAGAGGGCUGAAAUGGGAACAUUUCUCAGGAAGAAGAAAACCAGUGACAUCUACUUCGUGUCGCUCGUGUGGGCCAUCGUUGGUGUCCAGCUCUGGUUGAACCUGUGGAUUGUACAGUUGCUGCCGGUGCCUGUCGCAGUCUGGAUCCUCAAAAAGCUUGUCAUUCACUUUGGAGUCGUGGACUUCCUGGCGAAACGCUGCCGCGUGUGGUGGCAGGUGGCUGAGCACUUCCUCAAGGAGCGGCAGGAGGCUCUCGCACCAUGGCCGGUUAUUGGGCUUGGAAAAUUCUUGUUAAAAGUUGAUAGCAAGCUCUGGCACUGGCUAAAUAAGAAGAUGAUCAUCUGGUUGGAGAAGAUGUUAGACAAAAUAAUUAGCAUUUUCAUCAUAUUUUUAUUAGUGAUAGGAACCCUUCUUUUAGCCCUACUCCUGACUGCAAAGGUGCAUCAAGAGAGUGUGCACAUGAUUGAAGUCACAAGCAAUUUGAUUAAUGAGACUCUAGCAAAUCACCCUGAGUGGGCAAAUUGGCUUCCUGAAGCUCAGGUAGUCCAAAGAGCCCUCAAUUCUGCGGCUAACAACGUGUAUCAGUAUGGAAGAGAGUGGAUAACCCACAAGCUUCAUAAAAUUCUGGGAGAUAAGGUGAACAAUACUGCUGUAAUUGAAAAGCAAGUACUAGAACUUUGGGACAGAUUGUAUCAUUCUUGGUUUGUAAAGAAUGUAACGCAUUCUGGAAGGCACAAAGGACACAAGAUGCAUAUAAAUCGUCAGAAUAGCUGGCUGGGAGACAUCCUGGACUGGCAGGAUAUCGCUUCCUUUGUUCACGAGAACAUUGAGACAUUUCUUUCGAUCUUAGAGUCUCUGUGGAUUGUCAUGAGCCGGAACGUGAGCCUGCUUUUCACCACCGUCACCACCCUCCUGACCAUCCUCUUCUACAGCGGGACGGCCCUUCUCAAUUUUGUGCUAUCUCUGAUAAUUUUCCUGACCACACUAUUUUAUCUAUUAAGUUCCAGUGAUGAGUACUACAAGCCAGUGAAGUGGGUGAUAAGCCUGACACCACUAUCUCAGCCAGGUCCUUCUUCUAAUAUUAUUGGCCAGUCUGUGGAAGAAGCUAUCAGAGGGGUGUUUGAUGCUUCCCUCAAAAUGGCUGGCUUCUACGGAUUGUACACUUGGCUGACUCAUACUAUAUUUGGCAUCAAUAUUGUCUUCAUACCAUCAGCGUUAGCAGCAAUCCUCGGAGCGGUGCCAUUUCUGGGGACAUACUGGGCGGCAAUACCUGCCGUUCUAGACCUGUGGCUCACACAAGGCUUAGGGUGCAAAGCCAUCUUACUGUUGGUUUUUCAUCUCUUGCCAACAUACUUUGUAGACACUGCCAUCUACUCUGAUAUAUCAGGAGGUGGGCAUCCUUACUUGACAGGCUUGGCAGUGGCUGGUGGGGCGUACUACUUAGGCCUGGAAGGAGCAAUCAUUGGGCCCAUACUUCUCUGCAUACUCGUGGUCGCUUCCAAUAUCUACAGUGCCAUGCUAGUGAGUCCCACGAAUUCAGUGCCCACGCCAAACCAGACCCCAUGGCCUGCUCAGACUCAGCGAGGCAGGCACUGGCAGCUGAUGGUACCCAUCUGCGAGACUGCUUCUGUGUACUCGCAUCUGUCUUCAGACGGAUCGACAACUAUCCACCUAAGGAAGAACGAAGGGGGUAGGGCCCCCUCUUUGAUAUUCAGUGUUGAUAGUGGUGUUUGCAGUAUGAUGGGGGUGGAUGUCACGGACACCACACAGUGUAAGGCUCCCAACUAUUUUGGCCUUGAUUCAGUAAUUCGAGCACAUCACCUCCUCUGUUCUCUGUCGACACUGGGGCUGUCUGGGAGGUGUGGGGGAGGGCAAAAACUCUCCUGCAGUCAUGUGUCUUACAGUACUUCCUUGACUUUUAGACAGGAUAUUCAGAUUUGCUUUGAUAUACUUAUUUUACUUCUACCAAAAACUGAGCGGCAAAACCUGCAAGAAGGAAGUAGGAACAUAUCCCAGGGACUCCUCCAGGAAUGCUGUUCUCUGUAUUAA